AUGGUGAUGCUGAUGUCCUCCUGCUUCACCCUGUCUAUCCGGGAGGUGACAGGCUAUGUGCUGGUGGCUCUGAACCAGUUUGACUACCUGCCGCUGGAGAACCUGAGGAUCAUCAGAGGAACUAAGAUGUAUGAAGACCGCUACGCUCUGGCAAUCUUCCUCAACUACCGCAGAGAUGGGAACUUUGGCCUGCGCCAACUGGGACUGAAGAACCUCACAGAGAUCCUACAAGGCGGUGUGUAUGUCGACCAGAAUAAGUUCCUGUGCCAUGCAGACACCAUCCACUGGCAAGAUAUCGUCAAGAACGCCCGCGUCAGCCCUCUGGUGGUGCCCACCAAUAGCAGUGUUACAUGCCAGAAGUGUCACAAAUCCUGUAACGGUCGCUGUUGGGGCCCCAAGGAGGACCAGUGUCAAAGCUUGACUAAGACUGUGUGUGCUGAGCAGUGUGACGGUCGCUGUUUCGGACCCUGGGUUAGUAACUGCUGCCAUCGCGAGUGUGCAGGCGGAUGCUCCGGACCCAAGGAUACGGACUGCUUCGCGUGCACCAACUUCAACGACAGCGGGGCGUGUGUGACCCAGUGUCCCCAGCCCUUUGUGUACAACCCCACCACCUUCCAGCUGGAAAGCAACCCCAGAGCCAAGUACACCUAUGGUGCCUUCUGCGUCAAGAAGUGCCCACAUAACUUUGUGGUGGACCACAGCUCCUGUGUGAGGGCUUGUCCCAGCAACAAGAUGGAGGUGGAGCAGAACCGCAUCAAGAUGUGCAUCGCCUGCACUGACAUCUGUCCUAAAGCCUGUGAUGGUAUAGGUACAGCCAGUCUGCAGUCUGCCCAGACCGUGGACUCCAGCAACAUAGAGAAGUUCACCAACUGUACCAAGAUCAAUGGAAACCUGGUCUUCCUCAUCACUGGCAUUAAAGGGGAUGUGUACCACAACAUUAAAGCUUUGGAUCCAGAGAAGCUGAAUGUGUUCCGGACUGUUAGGGAGAUCACAGGUUUCCUGAACAUCCAGUCAUGGCCAGAGAACAUGACAGACCUGAGUGUCUUCUCCAAUCUGGCAACCAUAGGAGGCAGAGCUCUAUACAGUGGUAUCUCUCUCCUUGUGUUGAAGCAGCAGUGGAUCUCGUCCCUCCAGCUCCAGUCCCUGAAUGAGAUCAGUGCUGGUAAUGUGUACAUCACCAAUAACAGUCAGCUGUGCUACUACAACACCGUCAACUGGACCGGCCUGUUCAGAGCCAACAACCAGAAGGUCCUCAUACGCAACAACAGAGACCCUAAAGAGUGUACUACUGAGCAGAUGGUGUGUGACCCUCUGUGUUCGGACGCUGGCUGCUGGGGGCCGGGACCAGACCAGUGCCUAUCCUGUCGCUACUUUAUUAGGGGACGCAUCUGUGUGGACACCUGCAAUCUCUAUGAAGGACUGACAGGCUCUAGGUCCAGGCAGCCGUCGGGACCCUUCGUGGUCGAGAAGCGUGAGGCCAGUUUGGAGAGGGAGGUGCGUGAGUAUGACAACGGCUCGGUGUGUGUGGAGUGUGAUGCCCAGUGUGAGAGAGCAGAUGGUGAAUCCCUGACCUGUCAUGGCCCGGGUCCGGAUCACUGUGUGAAGUGUCUCCACUUUAAAGAUGGUCCUAACUGUGUGGAGAAGUGUCCCGACGGCCUUCAAGGGGCCAACAGCUUCAUCUUUAAAUAUGCCGAGGCCAACAACGAGUGUCAUCCCUGUCACUUCAACUGCACUCAGGGGUGUAUUGGACCCAGACUGCAGGACUGUAUUGGCAUGAUGGACAGGACUCCCCUGAUUGCAGCCGGGGUGAUAGGUGGCCUCUUCGUGGUGGUCAUCGUGGCUCUGAGCGGAGCCGUGUCCGUCCGCAGGAAGAGCAUCAAGAAGAAGAGAGCCCUGCGACGCUUCCUUGAGACAGAGCUGGUGGAGCCACUAACACCUAGUGGUACAGCCCCUAACCAGGCCCAGCUCCGCAUCCUCAAAGAGACUGAACUCAAGAGGGUCAAGAUACUGGGCUCGGGGGCCUUCGGCACCGUCUACAAGGGUAUCUGGGUACCGGAGGGCGAGACUGUGAAGAUCCCAGUGGCCAUCAAGAUCCUGAACGAGGCAACGGGACCGAAGGCCAACGUGGAGUUCAUGGACGAGGCUCUGAUCAUGGCCAGCAUGGAACACCCUCACCUGGUCCGUCUCCUGGGGGUCUGCCUGAGCCCCACCAUCCAGCUGGUCACCCAGCUCAUGCCCCAUGGCUGCCUGCUCGACUACGUCCACGAACACAAGGACAACAUCGGCUCCCAGCUGCUGCUCAACUGGUGUGUCCAGAUCGCCAAGGGUAUGAUGUACCUGGAGGAGAGGAGACUGGUGCACAGAGACCUAGCAGCCCGUAACGUGCUGGUCAAGUCCCCCAACCACAUCAAGAUCACUGACUUUGGUCUGGCUCGGCUGCUGGACAUCAAUGAGAAGGAGUACAAUGCUGACGGGGGCAAGAUGCCAAUCAAGUGGAUGGCCUUGGAGUGUAUUCACUACAGGAAGUUUACCCACCAGAGUGACGUGUGGAGCUAUGGGGUGACAAUUUGGGAACUGAUGAUGUUCGGGGGGAAGCCCUAUGAUGGCAUUCCGACCCGGGACAUCCCAGACCUGUUGGAGAAGGGAGAGCGUCUUCCCCAACCUCCCAUCUGCACCAUAGAUGUAUACAUGGUCAUGGUCAAAUGUUGGAUGAUAGACGCAGACAGCAGGCCCAAGUUCAAGGAGCUGGCUGCAGAGUUCUGUAGGAUGGCCCGGGACCCCCAGCGUUACCUGGUCAUCCAGGGCGAUAACCGUAUGAAGCUGCCCAGCCCCAACGACAGUACGUUCUUCCAGAGCCUGCUGGAUGAGGAGGAGCUGGAGGAUCUGAUGGAUGCUGAGAAGUACCUGGUCCCUCACGCCUUUAAUAUCCCACCACUGGCAUACACACCCAGGACACACGUUGAUUCCAACAGGAACCAGUUUGUGUACCAAGACCCUAGUUUCGAUAUGGAGGACAUGUUGGGGACCAUCCCGCGGGUGCUGUCCCUGUCCCCAGGGGACCAGUCUGCAGGGGGGCAGGGCGGUAGCGGCCCGGAGCACCAAUGCUUCGAGGACCAGCGCUGUAACGGCACACUGAGGAAGCAGGCAACUCCCCGGCCCGCGGGACCUCCUGGUUCAGACGGAGCACCAGCCUCAGGUGCAGUAGAGAGCAGCAGUGGACAGCGCUACAGUGCAGACCCCACCAUCAUGCUGGGGGAGAGAGGAGCUAGAGGAGACACCGACCAGGAUGGAUGCCUGACUGCCAUGAGGGAGAAGGCCACCUCAGACUAUCUCAACCCUGUGGAGGAGAACCCAUUCGUGAGUCGUCUGAGGAAUGGAGCUGCCCUAACCCUGGACAGCUGUAACCCCUAUCAGGUGGCUCCCAGCGGCCCCCAACAGGCAGGCUCUGGCCCCAGAGUGGAGGACGAAUACGUCAACGAGCCCCUCUACCUCAACACCUUCCACAACCCCGGAGUUGGAGACUACAGUGACUACACCCUGAAGAAGAAUGGGUUCACUGGGGGACACAACCCUGCCCUCGCCACCCUGGUAAGCCAACCAGGCGCCACUGGCCUCACCGCUGGUCAAUCAGGCACCGCCCAGGCAGGAAACCCUGGUCACAGCGUCCAGGCAGCCCACGCCCAUGGAGUCUCUGCACAACCAGGAUACUCUGUUCCUCCAGGCCUCGGUACAGCCGGCACCCACCCAGCCCACCCCUCCCACCUAGCCCACCCCGGGUAUACCCUUCACCCGGCCUCACAGGCACCAUCAUGUUGGACAAGAAUAAUAGACAAGACAAGAACAAGACUUUUGACAAUCCAGAGUACUGGCAGCAUAGCCUUCCUCCCAAGGCCACCCUGCACAACCCUGAGUACUUGCAGGACUGCAGCACACGCUUCUUCUACCGGCAGAAUGGCCGCAUCCGGCCCGCCGUGGCCGAGAACCAGGAGUACCUGACGGAGUUCGCCCUGAAACCUGGGACCGUGCUGCCACCCCCACCCUACAGACAGAGGAACACUGUGGUGUAACGGGGAGGAGGAUGAAGAGGAAAGAGGGUCUGGGCCAGGAAAGGUGGAAGACAAGGGGAGGAGGAGGGGAGGAUGGGAAGUCCCUCUCUCACUCAGCCACACAAUAUUUACUUAUCAAUCCUGGUUCCCUUCACCAGCACUGGACUGACACAUCUGAACUGACACUGGAUUACAGUAACAUUACAGUAAUAUUAUAUUAUAAGACAUAGUGCUGAGAGCCUCCCACCUUCUACGAACCCAGGACUGAUGUUCUCCUCUCUGUCUGUCUAUGUCCUCUACACUGGAUUACAGUAACAUUACACAGAAGUACUACAGUAAUAUUACAGUAAUAUACACUGAAAGUUUUCACAGAUUCACCUGUAACCAAAUACCCGAGACCCGAUCCGAGACCCGAGAGGGGUCGGAUCCAGAAUUCUAAAUAAUGUCACGGGUCUGAGUCAGAUUUGAUAUGAUUGUCACGAGUCUCGGGUAUGUGUAAUUUUAACUAACUUGUCCGGAAGGACCCGUAAAGAUCCAAACGCGACUGCUGCAGAAGAGAGGGAGAGAGAGAAAUUGUGUAAUUUAUGCUGCUACUCUUGCUUUUCACGAGAGUGGUGCGUGUAGCUUGUUGUUGUUGUUGGCCAAUCAUAGGUCAAAAGCGGCAGUAUCAAAGCGGCAGUAGGCUACAGUCAUAGAGUCUCCGUGUGGGGCAAAAGUUAGGAAAUAGCUAAUCAAUGGAAGAUGGAAUUAAAAAUACAGAAUUAAAAGUUCAAGGAGAAGGAUAGGCUACAACGACCAAGAGACAAUAGGUAGACUGCUACUUUAUAUUCUAAAAGGAGUCAUUGUUGUUUGUAACUGUGUAGGACAAGAAAGCGCAUGCAGCCUCAAUUAGCCUAGCUAGCUAGCUAGCUUAAGUAGCUGCUCUUGGUUGGAUGCACUCAAGACAGGUACUACGUAAUCAUAUUCAAUGAUAAAUAACCUAGCUUUGGCAGCUAUUAGUCUACUAUAGCGAGAGUUGGCUUGGUUGGUUGCCAUCUUUCGUCUCUCCCUCCGUGCUCCCUGUGUCACUUGCUCACAUUCACAGUAGCCUACACACACAACACGGCCCCUGCUAGAGCAUCACCUCUCUCUACCUUCUCUCCCUUGCGCUUUAUCAGCUCCGUUAAUAAAGUAGCUUAAAAAUGUACUUUUCUGCUGCUUCCCUCACUCGGAUUGGAUCAGACCGGGUCUGGAACCGACCAGGUUCAUACAGAACGGAUCUAGUUGUCCUCAAGUCCAUUUGGAAUGGGUCUCUAUAUUGAAAAAAAUAUAUUUAUGCAUAUUGGGUCCGGGUGGGAAAGCCCAGGUCCAUUUCGGGAAUGUGUCCAACUUUUUGGACACGUCAAUACAUUUAAAAUAAACUACUGAGAGCCUCCCCCCACCCAAUAACCCAGGACUGGUUUGAUAAUUGACAGCCUCACCGGUCACUCUCAGCCCCAUUCUUAACUCCUCCUAUACCUCACCCAUUACUCACCCUCAGCCCCGCCCCUUCAGUGUUGAUUACAACAACAACAGAAGGCUAAGUGAAAAGUUACAUGUAAUGACAAACAGUGUCGGUCUCUGUAGAUGUGAACAGACAGGACAGGCCAAGGAACAAGGAACUUGAAGCACUUACACUUACAGUAUAUUGUUUGCUCAUGAUCUCUAAUAUAUUAUUUUAUUCCUAAUACGAUUUGUGUAAGAACCAUGCAGUGAUUCACAAUCAAUACACUACACUGAAAGUCUUGGAGCAGCACAUUUUUCCAACUGGGUUAAAUGCAUAUUGUAGCAAUCCACCAUCCACACAUUCGGUAAUGUCAUAGAUAGCCGUUGGUGUGCAGUAUAUCAGGUUCAUAUAGGAGAACACGCAUACAUCUGUGUAUACACUGCUGUUCUGUGACUGUCUCUCAAGCCCCAGCCACGCCAUACAUCUGUCACAUAAUGUGGAGGAUGCAUUUCUGUCCGCUGACUGGCUGGCUGGCUCUGUGCGGCGUCUUUAUGUUGACAUGGUUCGAACCCCUCUGAAUCUGCAGUAGAAUUCGUACAUUUAUUAUACAGCUCCGCUCAUAUCAGCUAUAACAUAUUAAUUUGUAUCUCGUGAAGAAGGAAGACGUGCUCCCAACCUUGAAACAUCAAUAACCCUGUUCUAAUUCUAUAUACGUACAUGCACGAUAUAGACAUACAUGCAAGCAUGCACACAAAAAUACACAAAUACACACAUAUACACAUACACACAUACACACAGAGAAAGAGAUAACAUUAGCGCCGUGCGCAUUAUGUGUUUGGACCAGGACCUCCAUUGCCCUUGGAUUCUAAAGCAGUGGAGAUAACAGAAGCAAAGGCAGGGCAGCGGGAUAAGAGGACAAAGCCAUUCAGCAAGUAAAUGCCACAGUGUCAUAUGUAUGCAAAGCUUGAAGGGCCUAUGCUGAACACAGUGAAAUACAGCAAGAAGAAAUUGCCACAGGAUUUAAGAGGGAAUAGGCUUAUCUGUAAGGAGAGGAUCGCCACCACCCAGCCAUGGUGUUCCUUCUAACCCACAUGACUUCUGAGGCAGACAAAUGACAAACCCCUGAAUCGAUGCAGUCAUAGAAUAUAAAUAGGAAUCUGCUAUAUGUUGCAAUAUCUGUUUUUUUACUGACAAACCCUGGCAGAGUCUGUCUGUUUGCUUCCCUAUCAGAGCUGGUUACAAAAACCCCAGGAGAGGACUGAUAAGAUGGGACUGUACUCUGAACUGAACUGAACUGGACACAGACAGACAGACAGACAGACAGACAGACAGACAGACAGACAGACAGACAGA